AGGGCUCUUGGCGGAGGGCUGCACGCGUGCGAGGAUGAGGCUGCCGCCGCUGCUGCCGCUGCUGCUGCCCCCUCUGACUCGCCUCUCCUCUCGGCCGCUCGCCGCGCUGCCCGCGGCGCGGGGCCCUGCCCGCGGAGCCGCCGUGUCGGUGCGUCAGAGUGGAUCGUUCUCCCGUCGGAGCGGAUUGACGCGGCACGGAGCCAUGAGGGUGCGCCUCGUCCCCGCGCUGCAGGACAACUUCAUGUACCUCCUGGUGGACGAGCGCACACAGCGCGCUGCCGCCGUCGACCCCGUCGAGCCCGACAAGAUUAUUGCAGCUGCUCGGGAGGAGGGUGUGCAGCUCACUACUGUGCUCACGACUCAUCAUCACUGGGACCACGCUGGCGGUAAUGAGAAGCUGGUUGCCAUGGAGCCGGGGCUGACCGUAGUCGGGGGAGACCAGCGAAUCGGAGCGCUCACCUCGCACGUCAAGCACGGGGAUGAGCUGCAGAUUGGCUCCCUGAACGUGCGGUGUCUGUUCACCCCAUGCCACACGUCCGGCCACAUCUGCUACUUCGUGACCCAGGAGGGGAGCACGGAGCCCCCCGCUCUCUUCACCGGAGACACGCUGUUCGUGGGGGGCUGCGGCCGCUUCUUCGAGGGCACCCCUCGGGAGAUGUUCACGGCGCUCGUCGAGGUGUUGGGGGCCCUGCCCCCCGAGUCGCGAGUGUACUGCGGACACGAGUACACGGUGAACAACCUGAAGUUUGCACGUCACGUGGAGCCCGGCAACUCGGCAGUGCUGGAGAAGCUGGCUUGGGCAACGGAGCGUCAAGCGAGGGGUGAGCCCACUGUGCCCUCCUGCAUCGGCGAUGAGUUCACCUUUAACCCCUUCAUGCGCGUGAGGGAGCCGACGGUGCAGAAGCACGCAGGGAAGAGUGACCCCAUCGCCACCAUGGGCGCUAUCCGACAGGAGAAGGAUUCCUUCCGGCCCCCAGCCAACUAGCAGCGGCUCCACCUCAACCCGGCUCCACCUUCACCCGGCUCCACCUUCACUCGGUUCCACCUUCACCUGGCUCCACCUUGACCCGGCUCCACCUUGACCCAGCUCCACCUUCACCCGGCUCCACCUUGACCCGGCUCCACCUCGACCCGGCUCCACCUUGACUCGGCUCCACCUUCACCCGGCUCCACCUCGACCCGGUUCCACCUUCACCCGGCUCCACCUUCACUCGGUUCCACCUUCACCUGGCUCCACCUUGACCCGGCUCCACCUUCACUCUGUUCCACCUUCACCUGGCUCCACCUUGACCCGGCUCCACCUUGACCCAGCUCCACCUUCACCCGGCUCCACCUUGACCCGGCUCCACCUCGACCCGGCUCCACCUUGACUCGGCUCCACCUUCAUCCGGCUCCACCUCGACCCGGUUCCACCUUGACCCGGCUCCACCUUCACUCGGUUCCACCUUCACCUGGCUCCACCUUGACCCGGCUCCACCUUCACUCGGUUCCACCUUCACCCGGCUCCACCUUCACCCGGCUCCACCUCGACCCGGCUCCACCUUGACCCGGCUCCACCUUGACCCGGCUCCACCUUCACCUGGCUCCACCUUGACCCGGUUCCACCUUCACCUGGCUCCACCUUGACCCGGCUCCACCUUGACCUAGCUCCACCUUCACCCGGCUCCACCUUCACCCGGCUCCACCCAGCUCGACCGCUGACGAUCGUACGACCGCACAAGUCUGCUGCAGGAGCCGGCCUUACUCUCCACAUGCACUCCGUGUGUUCGUGUGCGCUUGUGUGAGUGUGCGCGUGAAGGGGAGGGGGUAGUGUAGCGUUUGGCACGCUGCGCUACGAACCCGGCGACCCGACUUCAAUUCCCACUCACGGGCCAACACCGGUGACGAUUAUCUGAACCGGUCAUGGGGCCCUCUCCUAGGUCAACUCGGCCUCAAAUUAGCACCUGGUGCGGUGUGUAAAAACGUCGCCACUGGGGAGACAAAAGCGUCGGGCGUGGUGCUGGCCACCCACCUCCUCGUGUGCCCUCCCUGCCUUCAUAUUUUCUCGCUAACAGCACUUGCCCCGACAGUCUGUUAAAUCUAUAUGGGGGAUCUUUGUCUUUGUGCGUGCACGUGCGUGCGCGGUCUUGACCCUCAUCACCCUCGUCUCCCGACGCCAGUCCCAGCCCGCCGCGGCUCGACAAGACCUUCUGCUUGUUUCACGCCGACGCUCCGGAUUCUCCGGUGCUGCCUUUGUUUGUGAUGAGAGGUGCGCGUGCGUGCGUGUGUGUGUGUGUCUGGUUGAUGAGGAGCGUGUGGUUGGUGUGGUGCGUGUGCGGAUUGAAAGCAUACGCCGUGAGGAUGAGGCGUGUGUAAUUGAUGAGUUCUGUGUAAUUGAUGAGUUCUGUGUAAUUGAUGAGUUCUGUGCGAUUGAAGGCGAAGGGGUUGUGCGGUUAAAGUGAGGGGGUGUGUUGUUGACGAGGUGUGUGUGUGUGGUCGAUGAGGUGUGUUUGAUGAAGUGUGUGUGGUUGACGAGCGAGGCCAUGCGGUUGACCGCGACAUCAACGCGGCUACGCGAGGCCUCCGCUCCCCAGCGAUUCCGCAUCACCGGUCCUGGUUUGGUUUUUUUCCCCCUCCUCUUCCACUUUUUAAUUCUCGUGCUGUCCCGCUGCCAAACCGCGAGGAAUAAAUCUGCAGAUUCAU